CAGCGGCCGCCCCCGGAAGUGAUGCCGAGAGCCCCCCAUUGAAGGCCCCGCCAUGGCUGACAAGAGGAAGCUCCAAGGCGAGAUCGACCGGUGCCUCAAGAAGGUCUCCGAGGGCGUGGAGCAAUUUGAGGAUAUCUGGCAAAAGCUCCACAAUGCGGCCAACGCCAACCAGAAGGAGAAGUACGAGGCCGACCUGAAGAAGGAGAUCAAGAAGCUGCAGAGGCUGAGGGACCAGAUCAAGACGUGGGUGGCGUCCAACGAGAUCAAGGACAAGCGGCAGCUCAUCGACAACCGCAAGCUCAUCGAGACGCAAAUGGAGAGGUUCAAGGUGGUGGAACGGGAGACCAAGACCAAGGCCUAUUCCAAGGAAGGGCUGGGCCUGGCGCAGAAGGUYGACCCGGCGCAGAAGGAGAAGGAGGAGGUCGGCCAGUGGUUGACGAACACCAUCGACACCCUCAACAUGCAGGUGGAUCAGUUCGAGAGCGAGGUGGAGUCGCUCUCGGUGCAGACGCGCAAGAAGAAGGGUGACAAGGACAAACAAGACCGCAUCGAGGGCCUCAAGCGGCACAUCGAGAAGCACCGSUACCACGUGCGCAUGCUGGAGACCAUCCUGCGCAUGCUGGACAACGACUCCAUCCUGGUGGACGCCAUCCGCAAGAUCAAGGACGACGUGGAGUACUACGUGGACUCCUCGCAGGACCCCGACUUCGAGGAGAACGAGUUCCUCUACGACGACCUCGACCUCGAGGACAUUCCACAGGCGCUCGUGGCCACCUCGCCGCCCAGUCACAGCCACAUGGAGGACGAGAUCUUCAACCAGUCGAGCAGCACCCCCACGUCAACCACCUCCAGCUCCCCCAUUCCCCCCAGCCCGGCCAACUGUACCACGGAGAACUCGGAGGAUGACAAGAAACGGGGCCGCUCCACGGACAGCGAGGUCGGGCAGUCGCCGGCCAAGAACGGUUCCAAGGGCCUCCACAACAACCACCACGCGGCGUCGCCGGCGGUGACGCCCAGUUACCCCUUGGGAACCGCGGCCGCCGCUACAGCCGCUGCCCUGGGCAACGGUCCCAACGGCGCCGGGGUCCUGGCCGGCGGUACCGGAGCCCCCGGCACAGGCGGCGGCAAGGGCAACAGCGCCGCAACAGCCCACGCGCCCAGCACCCCGACACCCUACGCGCAGGCCGUGGCGCCGCCGGCCGCUACAGCCGCCGCCGCUACAGCCGCCGCCGGUGGUGCGGCCCAGCCCCGGCCCCCCAGCGCACAGCAGAACGCCAACAAGCAGAACGGGGCCACCAGUGAGUGCGGGGGUUCCCUCGGCCGGCUGUACCUGGGAGAUGGGCGUCAGGCGGACUGGGAAACGGGGUGCGGCGGGUCCGACU